AUGAUUGAUGAAGAACUUGAUUAUGAUCAUCAUCAAUUGAAGAAUCUGCAUGACCAAUCAUUUGACAUACUAAAUUCUUGUCAAAAAAAGGCAUAUGAAGCAAUUGUUCGUUCUGUGCAAUCCCAAAAGGGAGAAUUGUUUUUCAUUCACGGUCAUGGUGGUAUCGAAAAAACAUUUCUGUGGAAUACAAUCAUUGCUAAGUUUAGAUCAGAAGUAGAAAUAGUUUUGCCUGUUGCAACUUCGAGGAUUGCAACUUUAUUAUUGCCUAACGGCAGAACAACACAUUCUCGCUUUCAUAUCCCGAUCAAUGUCACGACAGAAUCAACUUGUGAGAUUCGACAUGGUACAACAUUGGUAGAACUUCUCAUGAGAACCUCUUUGAUCAUUUGGGAUGAAGCACCAAUGGCACAUAAAUUUUGUUUUGAAGCUUUGGACAAACAUUUGCGAGAUAUAUUUACAACAAGAUUUCCCAAUAGCAAUGAAAAACCUUUUGGUGGACUUACUGUUGUUUGUGGUGGGGAUUUUCGCCAAUUUUUGCCCGUUCCAAAAGGAACUAAAGGUGACAUCAUUGAUGCUUCUCUCAGUUCAUCCUACUUAUGA